AUGCCCGCCUCCCUGAACUACGCAGACAAUGACAAUAACACUUUAGUGAAGAGUCUACCUUCACCCCCAGGAUUCAGCGAAGGGUCCCUCCAAAAAUCAGCUUCAGCGUCGCACUCCGCGGCCGCAGCGUCAUAUGCGAAGCUCAAGCAGCAACGCGCAUGGGAUCUCGCAAUCUCCCCAGCAAAGUCACUGCCAAUGAACGCAUUCAUGCUGUACAUGUCGGGCGGAGGCGUGCAGAUAUUCAGUAUUGGUAUACUGGCCAUGUUGCUUCUCAACCCCAUCAAAGCUGUAUCCUCAAUGAACACCUCGUUUGUUCCCUACGCCCCGUCUCUCAAAUCUUCCGAUUCCCUUAUUCUUCCGAAAAUCGUUUACAUACUCUGUAACAUCCUCACUUUAGCGCUGGGCAUUUGGAAGUGUCGGUCAAUGGGUCUCCUCCCAACCGGAACAGGCGACUGGCUCGCAUUUGAGACUCGUGGACCUCCACCAGAAAUCAGUCUCGUUUCGUGAACGGAUAAGGGUUGUAGUUGCAGGGUGAUCCCAAUGUUAUAUCCUCUGCUGAACGUGGGCUAUGCAAGAUCUAUCUGCGGACUGAGAAUAUUCAAGGAACUGAAAGCAUGUUUAUUGAUAAGCGGAAGGAAAGGAUAGACAUUAGUAGUACUGGGAAUACAGGCUGUGACGGCGAACAAUUGCCAGCGUG